GCUGCGCCAGUGCAGUCGGUCUGUGCACACGUGGCCCGGGCGCGUCCGGCGUAGCGCCGCAUCGCCUCCGUCGGGCGCGGUCUCCAAGGUGGCCACGUUUCCGCGCUGCUCGCACUUGGACGACGGCGAAACAGGCUUGCCGCCACUGCAUGACGAAGACUACCUGUACCCCGACUGGGCGUUUCAGUAUCCCGAGUGGCAGCUGUGCGGGGAAGAGUUGCCACAAUGGGCAAGUCGUUCUUCUUUCACCAUGGACCUCAACAGCCUGCACGACCAGACCACGGCCCUGCUGGCGAAGGAGCCGAGCUCGGCGCCUGGGGCGUGGCGCCGGUGUCCUGGCACGAGAGGCUGCUCGUGUGGCUCCUCAGCCUGGGGCCCGUGCCACGAUCUGUGGGCGUCAUCCCCGACGGGAACCGGCGCUUCGCCAGGAAGCGUGGCGUCACCGUGGACCAAGGCCACGUGGCUGGCUCGCACGCGCUUGGCCGGGUCGGGACCUGGUGCUCCCUGGCGGGCGUGAAGGAGUCGAUCGUCUACGUCUUCAGCGUCGACAACUUCCAGCGUCCCCGAAGCGAGCAAGACGGCCUCUUUCGAGAAGUCUCUCGGCGCUGCCAAUACAUUCUGGACAACUCGGACAACUUCAGGAAAAUGGGUCGUCGAGUACGGUGCGUUGGCGACCUGGAGAUGCUUCCAAAGGACCUUCAGCGUUCCCUGGCGAAAGUCGAUCUUGCCACCGCGGAUAACGUCAGGACGGUGACGGUCGCCUGCGUCGCCUACUCCUCGCGCCGGCAGGUGACGCGCAUGGCGCGCCGGCUUGCGCAGGCCGUCAAGGAGGGACAGCUUCGUUCCGACGACAUCACGACCAACCUGGUGGACGACUACGCGUCGCUGGAGGACGGGGCCCGCGUGCAGCUGCUGCUGAGGACCUCGGGCGAGACUCGCCUUAGCGACUUCCUGCUCUGGCAAAGCAGCUACGCGCGCCUCCACUUCGAGUGCAAGAACUUGCCCGAGAUCGGCUUCACCGAUUACCUGUGGGCGCUGAUUGAAUAUCAGCUGCAACGUCCGCAGCUUCAGGCGGCAAGCCACGCUUCUGGUGCGGCAACCGGCACUUCUGUUGACCGGUCUCUGCGGCAGCGUUCUUUUCUGAAACGUGUCGAAGUCGAGAGAAGUGCCAACCUCGAACGACUCGCACGUCUAUGAUGGACACCAGCUGAUACGACAGGAAUAAAG